CUGGCGUUCCGAGCACUGAGAGCCGCCGGUCUCGCUGUAGGCCUUGGACUGACUGCCCUAGCUGCCUACCAGCGCAACCAGGCGGAGAUGGAUUACGCCACCAGAGGCGGCCACCUGGACGCAACGACCGGUCGGGAAGUUGUCUUCUGUCACGCCUGUUCUCAUGAGUGGUGGAAGGAGGACCACGGUCUGCAUUGCCCUCGGUGCGAGAGUGAUAUUACAGAAAUCGUUUCGCCCGACAAUGACCCCAGACUGAUCGAGGAUGGCCCCUCUCUCCACGAGACGCCUGGCGCACAACGCCACAGAUACCCCAUGGACGACGACUCCGACCCCGAGGAGGCCGAUAUUGAGGAACACUUGCACCGUGGCCCUAGUGGCUUUCUUUUGCACCGCGCCAUAUGGGACCACCAGAGACCCGGACAGGAAUCGAAUACUCGCCAGACACCCGAUCCGAGUACUCGACAGCCACCCGACCCGGGCGACGGCGAUCAAAUUAUUAGGCGAUUCAUCGACAUGGUCAAUGACUUCGGGAUGGGCAUGCCUCCUCGUCCGCCAGACGAGACUCGACCCCCUGCUGGAUUCGGCGGCGGCGGCGGCCUGUUCGGAGGUCAAGGCAACGUUCGCACCUACUACAGAGGAGGCCCUGGGGGUACCACGAGCUUCACAAUCGCUACUGGGCCGAUUCAUAUUCAUCCAGGCGGCGCCCGCUCUCCUGUCGGCCCCGGAACCGACCCCUUCCAAUCUAUCUUUAGCAGCGUUCUUAAUGGAGCGGGCCCUCCGUCCCCAGGCGCGGCUGGUCAAGGGCAGCGUCCGGCUGGUGGAGCGCCUACACUUCUUCAUGAAAUUCUCAACAUGCUCAACCCCGCGAACGCCUCCCAUGGCGACGCCGUCUACACCCAAGAAGCUUUGGACCGGAUCAUCUCCACUCUGAUGGAGCAGAACCCGCAGUCAAAUGCGGCACCUCCGGCUACCGACGACGCGCUCAGCAAGUUGGAGCGCAAAAAGGUCGACGAGAAGAUGCUAGGCCCCGAGGGCAAGGCGGAGUGCACGAUCUGCAUUGAUGAUUUCAACCUGGGCGACGAUGCCACAGUGCUGCCCUGCAAGCACUGGUUCCACGACCAAUGCGUUGUGAUGUGGUUGAAGGAGCACAACACCUGCCCUAUCUGCCGCACACCUAUCGAAGAGGCCAGUAGCAACAACAACAGCGGCAAUGCCCGCACUCCCGGCAACAACACAGCCAGCGAUGCCACCCCAGGCUCAUCUGGCAGCAACCAAGCCCCCGCACACGCACACUGGGACGAUGCGCCGCCGGGCAUCCCUGGACAUUGGGGUCCGCCGUCUUUCCCACCGGCUUUCACCGCCCGCCCAGUGUUCUUCGGCGGACCCCCUCCAGUUCCGUCCGACUCCACGCGGCCUGACAGAUCUGCUGCCACCGAAUGGGAUGUACCGUUCUUGUACGGAUCUGGAGCUGCAGCUACAGGAGCAAACCCAUCGGAGUAUCCACCGCGCCCUGCUCCCUCAGAGUCAAACCGCAUGCCGAGUUUCCGCUCUCGCCGGGACUCGCACUCGCCUUCCAGCCUUCGCCGGCAUCAGUCUGACAGAGCUAGGCAGCGUAGUCCGUCUUCCGGUAACUGGGAAAGAAACCAAGAUAGCAACAACAGCCAAGACUCGGGGUCCAGCCAUGGUCCCCUGAACUGGCUUAGGAACACCUUCUCCCGUGGUGGUGGUGGUGGCGGGUCCGGUGACAACUCUAGAGAGAGGCGGAGAUCAUGA